UCAUAUGGGAAGUAGAAACGGUGCUCUUUGUGACGGUGUGCAGAAAUAGUGAAAUAGAGGCAAAACCGUUGCGCGAGAAAGCAAAGAAAAGACCUUGCCUACACAAUGUCCAGCGAUUUUGGGUAGGGGCACUUACUUUGCGAGCUAAAAUCUUUUUGUGGAUGUUGAGACCGUUCGUGCAUUAAACUUGAUUUGAACAUUUAGAAAGUAAGGAUUCUAAUUUUAUGCUACUCAUUCUGUUUUUACCAAACGCCUUCGAGAUUUAAGCAGUUUAAUUUCACUCAACUAACACAUUAAACGCCCUCGCGUGGCUGUGUAUUGGCAAACGUUCUUUGCUUAGCUCUUUUGUUCCUGGCUACUAAUACUGUAUUCUUCCCUGCCUAUUUGUGAAAGUGAAUGUUUUGCACAGAUAAAGACAUGGAAUGUUCAGUAUUUGACAUGAAUUGAACACACUUUUUUUAUGUUUUACAAUCUUUUUGUAUAUUUAUAUUGUGUUCUAGAAUUCACAGACUCUGACAACUCGUUACUCUGCCAUCUGGUCAUAAUUAACAUCUAAAUAGUUCUUUACUGCACUAAUAGUUGUCGUGUCCUGACAGAUUAGAGAUCAAAUGUUAAACUAUCUGUGAUUUCAUUUUGACUAUGAUGAACGUACAGUAAGAUUUACAGUAAGAAGACACUGUUUGGGCAUGAGGCAUAUAGUUUAAAUUAUGCAAAAACAUGAUAUGACUGUAAAUCUUAAGUUUAUUUUAAUGGAGAAUCUAACAAUAGGGUAUUUUUUUCAUGUUGAGCGAACCCCACCCCUCUUGUGGCAUGUGCUGUUUAAAAACAUCAGGGGUCGCCACAGAGCACAUUUGUAUAGAUACUCCAUUACAUAGAGGUUUGGUAAAUAUGAUCAUAACUCGAUACUCCUGAGUAACAGAGAUUCGAAAAGUGCGUUUCUUUUGUAGUUUAGGUCAGAAACACGAGUUUCUUAGAAAUAAAACAAACAUAAUUUAACAUUUGCAACUAGAUGGCAGUCUAAUAAUAGUCUGAUAAUGUUUUGUGAUUGUAUAAUCAUGUACAAGAUGUUCACAUCUUCUGAACCUUGCUGUAACACUUUAAGACCAUAUAAGUCUUAAAUUCAUUACAAAUUGUAAACAUGUCUUACUUUUGUGCUCCUAGAUUUAAUUAAACUUUAAAGAGAAAAUACCUCAACACACAGUGAUUUUUUUAUCCAUUUUUUACCUACAAGACCUUCAGGUGAGUCAUGCCUUGACUGUGUUGUGCUUGUUAGCACAUUUACAAUUACACAGCUGUUAUAGCCACUUCCUGUUGCACACAUGCACACAAGGAGCAAACACCUCUCAAUAAAAUAGGUCUAGCACCUUCCCUUUAAAGACAUAGAAAGGUUAAAGGUCAAAGUGUAGCACAGGUCAUCCUUUUCAAAAGAGUUUUCUUCUGCCCAUGUGUUUAUAUAUAUUAGUGUGCGACUGUCUGUCUUUUAAUAAGAGUGUGAAAAGAGGAAUUCCAAGUUUUUAUGACCUUAAAACUCAAUAAACUUUACACACACUUCAAAACAAGACACAUAAACGGUGAAGAGGUUAAGGUAAAACCUGAUGAAGAUGUUUAUCUUUGUAUGUGAAUGUGACUGCAUGACUGUGUGUGAUUAUUUGUAGAUUCCAGAUGGAUUUGUUAAAUUUCAUGCGACCAGUUACACUGAGAGUGUUUGCAUGUGCAUGUAGACAAGUGUGUGUAUUUGUGUGUGUUAGGGGGUGGGUGUACUGGUGCAUGUCAGACAGCAAAGAGCUGCAGUUAUCUAGGAAUCUGAGCCAAAAGAGCCUCACAAACAGAAGAGAGCGUGCAGGAGAGCGAGAGGGAGGGAUAGAGAAGAUCAAAUAAAAGAGAAAAACAGGAGAGGAGACUCUGACGAGCACAUAGUGAGAAAGAAGGACAAUGUGUAGGACUUGAUAGAUUGCAGAUGAUACUGAUCUGAACACAGGAGUGUGGCUAGAGAAAAUCCUGUUGAAGAUAAGUAGUAUAAAGUAGAUACAGGUAGAGAGAGAACAGGCAGGGAACAGGUGUGUAAUAUCUCUUUGGAUUCGUGUUACAGCCUGAGCAGCAUGUGUGUGCGGGUUGUGCCCUUGCUUUUGCUAGGAGCGUACAUGAUGUGUGUCUGUGUGCUGUGUCAGAGGGACAUCCUGGUGGCCGGGCCACCCAGCAGCAGAUGUGAGGGGAGCUGCAGUGCAACAGCAUCACCGCCUAAAAUACAUCACUCUCAGGAUUCGCGAAUUAGAAAGACUGCAGAGAACCGCAAAACCACACAGGUGUCUGAUACAUCUGAACGUCUCAUCCAGCUUCAGCGCUGUAUGCUGCAACAUGAAUCAGUGGUUGUGAGUCAGGGAGAUAGGUCUGACUCACUGGUAGCCUUUCUGGCUCUCAUGGCAGCGGUGCUGACAGAAUGUGACCUCCACUGCAAUAGUCAGAGACUCAGAGACAUGGCCACCAGACUCGAAAGUGUGGUGGGUAAAAACGGGGAGAAAGACUUGCUGCUGUUGCUGAAAAGUAUCACAGAUUCUAAACCUACUGGCCUCAAACCAAGGACUCCUACAGUGCCUCCCUCUGCAGGGCUUUACCCUCAAGACUGUCAUGAGAUCUACCAAUUAGGAAUCAAAGAGAAUGGAAUCUACACCAUACAACCAGAUCCGAAGCGGCCAGCACUAGAGGCCGUGUGUGACAUGGUUUCUGCUGGUGGGGGAUGGACUGUGUUUCAACGCCGGUUUGAUGGAGAAACUGACUUUAACCGAACCUGGCAGGAGUACCGUGAUGGAUUCGGCUCCCCGCAGACAGAUCACUGGUUAGGGAAUGCAGUUCUUUAUGCACUAACCGCAAGUGGGCAUCACACGCUCCGCAUCACUCUCCAAGACUGGCACGAGCAGACACGUCAUGCUAACUUCAACAACUUUAAAGUGGCAGGAGAAAACCAAAGGUUCCGCCUAACUGCUCGAGAUUAUUAUGGCGAUGCUGGCAAUGCAUUCAGUUACAGCAAACAGUACAAUCACGAUGGCAGAGCUUUCAGUACAUAUGACCGGGAUCAUGAUCGCUACACUGCUGGUAACUGUGCCCGUUAUUAUGGUGCAGGCUGGUGGUUUGAUUCCUGUUUGGCUGCUAACCUCAAUGGACGCUACUAUCACGGACGUUACAGCGGCAUCACGGAUGGCAUCUACUGGGGCACCUGGUAUAUCCUGACUGACUAUCGCACAGGGGAACGAUACUCAUUCAAGAGCGUUGAAAUGAAAACUAGACCAAGACUGAGCUAAGGAAAAUGUUGAUAUGUAAUCAUACCCUUGCACUAUUUACUUCAUUUAAAUAAUGGCUUUUAAUUAUAUAUCCCAGACCUGCCAUUAUAUUGAACUUGAGAUAUUUAGAUUAAAUUGUAUAUGAGAACAUUUAUUUUAAAAAAAAUGUCAAAUGUCAUUUUACGGACACUCUUUUACUCGGUGUAUAUUAUCGAUUUUCAAGUUAAAGUUGUUUUUUGAAACACAAAUAAACUAUGAAAUGCUAUUUGUAAUUCAAAUACUGGAUUUUCACAAUACUGGAACUUCAUUUGAAGUCAAAAUCUAUUUUGUAAAUGCAUGUUAUUGACCUUGCUUGGAUCAAUUCAUAUGUGCAUCUCGUCAUUCUUACUCAAAAUGUUUAAAACAACUGAAUCUUCCAGUGAAAUGACAGUGUGAUCAUUCUGCAGUUAUUUAGUCUACUUAGAUCCUA